CCUGCUCAUAGAAUAAGCAUGGCCGCCUUAUCAUCUGAACCCCGUCGCUGCAUAUAGCGAAUCUCCUUUCAUGGACUCCCGCACGGUGACCUUCCCUUCUCCGCACAUGUCACUGAAGCAUAUGUAGCGUCGCCCGAAUACGUACACAUUGUCUGGACUCCAGCACCCCGCUUGUAGACGGGAUUUGGACUCCUGGUUUCUCGUGCGCUGUCGUCGUCUGACUCGGGCUGCUCGGUAGCACUCAGACGCCGCUCAUGCGAAGCCGCUUUGAGCAGACGUGAUGAACGCAGCAACAGCCCCUCCUCUGUCGCAGCACGUCCACCGAUACUCUUACGCCUACCCGCUCUCGAGAACCUAACGCAAGCCAUCAUGAACGUAAACACCGGAUUCUCCCAGGCACUCGUGGUCAGGCCGGACAGCGACGCCUUGGUCAACACGAAGCUCCUGGCGAUCUACUACAAUCACGCGGUCGAGGCGCUGCAGGCUGCCGCCGACACCUACUGCACCGACAUGACCUGGGUGCUGAAAGGCUCCUGGGAGAACACGACCGGCUCCGCACAGUCGCACACGCACCAGUACACGACCGAGCUGAAGGUCACCCAAGGCUCGGAGGUGACUAACGGCGGCGUGCCCCUCGUCGCCUCCUUCAAGGACUUCACCAUGACCAUCGACGCCUCGAUCAAAACGUUCUCGGCGGACGAGACGACGACGCCGCAGACGAAGACGGUCACGGUCGAGGCCGCGCCGGGCAAGAAGGCGAUGUUCUACCAGCGCGUUUACAAGUUCCGGACGGAGAUGUUCUUCGUGAUGGAUACGGCGAGCGUGGCUCGGAACGUUGCCGCGGUCAGCGGCGACGGCCUCUCGCGCAAGACGUGCGUUGUGGAGAUCUGGAGCGGGGACUAUCUCGUCACGGACAAGGAGCUGAAUGCGACGCCGGGCGCGGUGCAGUUCAAGACCUACCCCCGGGCGAACAAGGAGAGCGACAGGCAGACGGUCGCACGCUCGGGCCUCACGACCCGGGCCAGGGACGCGCUCAACCGCAUUGGUGCUUGAUGGGCCUGAAGCUUUGCCCC